AUGGCGACGGACGAGAAACCAAGGGGCUACGCUGCGAUCACGGCCCACUCCUUUGUGAAGGGACUUCAUGGCGGUCGCGGCGGUGGAGUUUGGGAAAAGGUGUGCGUGGCGCCCAACACCGUGAGUCAACUGGCGUAUGUCGCCGUCUUCCUUGGUCAAGUCCAGACGGAUCCGUUCAUCCAGCGCUGCCUCGCCAACAUCCGCCAUGGCGUGGUGUUCGAAGACGCUCUCUCCACCGCACAUUUGACAACAUUCGCGAUGGCGGACAAGCACAAGUUUGCGUUCCUGCAGCCGUGGCGAGAAGUUCUCGGCGAGUGCAAAGCGCUGCACCACAACUCGACGUCGUGGACUCGCCCGAGUUUCGAGCCUCCAACUUGCCAGUGCACGCUUCGCUGCGUCGACGUGAUGGGGGGGAAGUUGCAGCGGAUUCGAGAGGCCAUGGAGCUCUUCAACGUGCUGGCGACGGUGAGUCGACCGGCGUUUCUGCAGUUGCUGGCGGACUUUGUGGUGGUCGCCGACAACUUCGACGAUCUGUACACGCCGGACUUCAUGUUCGUGUUCCCAGUGUGGGAGUGCUACUUGGUGGGGACGGUGGGGUCGGAGGAUGUGGUCUCGGAGGGGGCGACGGUGUCGUGGGGGGCUCUUUUUGGAUGUUCGGAUGACCCGAGGGAGUAUUCGACUGAGUUCUGCGCGGGGAUGCAGAGGUUAGAGGACAUGCGACGUCAAGUGACGGGGGUGCUGUGUGAUUUCAUGGGGCGACAGGCGACGGCGGAGUGGGGCGAAGGGUGCAACGUUAUCGAGUGGACGGCGGAGCACGUGGCCAUUCCGACGAAAGGUGUCCAAAACGCAGCGAGUUGCAAGGUGGCAGCAUCAUCGGUGGAUUCUUUCUCGCGGACAUUUGGAUCACUGCUGGAUGUGGAUGUCCCAGCGGUUGUUCAGCUGUGCGCUGUAUCUGAUAGCGCUAAGUUGAUGAAAGCGUGGGAGCACCAGCCCCCGAACUCGGAUGCAAUGACGGUGGAGACGAUGAAGCCAAGGUUUACGGCGCCUGGAGGAGCGAAUGUUGCCGCUGCACUCUCUCGAAUGAAUUUGGCGGCUUUCCGAGUCAGUCUGGACGAGAUUGUGGGCAUGGAGGCAACGGGAGAUGCCACAUCCAGUGCUGGUUUCCUGUUGAGACAGGGGCAGCUUUCAGACUUGCAGGUGACUUUUUCGAGUAGCUCAUGUGCAGGACCUGCUGGAUUCCUAUCUGCGAUUACUGAGGCCGUGCCAAUCCAGAAGUUGACCUUGAACAUGGGAGUUCUCAGCGACCGUAUCCCGUGGCUAAACGAAGUGCGCUGGGGGUGGUUGGCCGAUAACAAAGUGCUACCCUCCAUCGACUACACCAGGUAUGGCUUCAUCGACGUCAAGGAAGGGACGAACCUCCGACCUCGUGGAUUAGAUGAAAGUGGUGACAACAACAGCUUCGUGCUGUCUCGUGCUUGCCCCUUCCGCGCUCGUUAUGACCCUAUCGUAAUGGGGGACCGCGCUGAAGUGAUAGUCCCUGGCUAUGGAGUUUGUGAUCUCGAACUCGGUGAUACAACUCGCAACUUCACUACAAGUGAUAUUCAGUCACUUCAUCGGGGCCAACACUCCCAGGGGUUGCAGUGUCUGUCCCUGGAAUUCUUUCAGAUUGAAGACCCCAGCUUGGUGCCGGGACUGUUAAGAUCGAUCGGUGGAAAUCUGCGCUCGCUCAAGAUGGGGAUCUUUUGGAGUGGCAGGCAUCGCAGCUUAGCGCUCGAUGCGGUGGCAGCCGCCUGCCGUCAUCUCGAUGAGCUUCACCUUACAAACUUUGACGUGGUUCUUUCAUCGCACGAAGGACUCGACAACUGGGGGCUCCGAAAGCUCACUAUUAACGGCUCCGACGCGAUCACUGGUUUGGCUGACAGAUUGAGAGAUCCCGGCUGCCGAAUGUCUUACCAGCUUGAAGUGCUGGAGAUCUCGGUGCCUCGAUCAAUUCAACGUCGAGCGGCGUAUGCGGACACGUUCGCAUCGCUCAACGGCGACUACCUUGCCGCCGCGAAGGAGCCUUUUCCUUCAAGAUCGAAGGCUGCGAUGAUUAGCGUCAUCGAUGAAGGGCGUGCUGUGAAGCAGCCUGCAAGAGCUGUUCACCGCCUGAACGAAACCAUGAUGGGCUUCGUUUUCGAGUUCGCGGCGACGCCAAAGCGUCGAGUGGUUUGA